AUGGGCGCCGCCGCCGCCAACCCCCGCAAAAAGGUCACCAUCAACACCCUGAGAUCGCAGCACAAAAAGGGCGAUCCCAUUACCGUCCUUACGGCGCACGACUUUCCGAGUGCCAUGGUUGCGGACCACGCUGGCAUGGACAUUGUCCUCGUAGGCGACAGCCUGGCCAUGGUCGCCAUGGGCAUGGACGACACGAGCGAGGUUCUGGUGGAAGAGAUGCUCUUACACUGCCGCUCCGUCGCCCGUGCCACGAAAUCCGCCUUUACCAUUGGUGACAUGCCCAUGGGCAGCUAUGAAAUCGCCCCCGAGCAGGCCCUUGGCACCGCUAUCCGCUUCAUCAAGGAGGGCCGCGUGCAGGGCGUCAAGCUCGAGGGCGGCCGCGAGAUGGCGCCCACGAUCCGCCGCAUCACCGCCUCCGGCAUCCCCGUCCUCGGCCACAUCGGUCUCACCCCGCAGCGCCAAAACGCCCUCGGCGGCUUCCGCGUCCAGGGCAAGACGGCCGACGCCGCCAUGGCCAUCCUCGACGACGCCCUCGCCAUCCAGGACGCCGGCUGCUUCGCCAUGGUCCUCGAGGCCGUCCCGGAAGACGUCGCCGCCAUCAUCACCCAGAAGCUCAAGGUCCCCACCAUUGGCAUCGGCGCCGGCGCCGGCUGCUCCGGCCAGGUCCUCGUCCAGACCGACAUGACCGGCUACUUCCCGCCUGGCCGCUUCCUGCCCAAGUUCGUCAAGCAGUACGGCAACGUCUGGGCCGAGUCGAUGCGCGCCAUCGAGCAGUACAGGGACGAGGUCAAGAGCCGCCAGUACCCUGCGCCCGAGCACACGUACCCAGCUCCGAAGGCGGAGAUUGAGGCCUUUGCCAACGCGGCCGAGAAGCUUUGA